GUCGCGAACCGGAGAUUAUGAAGUGCGCUCUGUCUUCACGUGUAUGUUGUACGUGACGUGUGGAGGAAGCUCUGACAUAGCAUCUGAAACCUGGUUUGAAGCUUUCCCGGGCAGGUUCAUUAUGGCACGGACGUAGGCAUGAAGGCGUCUCACCUCCCCAAUUCGAAGAGAAUGGGUGUCUUAUUUCCGAGCCUAAAAUAAAAGCGCAUUGAGGGUGAGGCUGACAUGUCCGCCGGGUGAUUGCUGGGGGCCCAUCUGGUUUCACUUGCUGUUCUGCUUGCGGUGAGCAGCCAGAGAAACAUGGAGCAGCAGAUCGGAGGAGGCAGCCUGGAGAAGAGCUUCAGCGCCUUGACGGUGGACGACGUCUACGACAUCGCUAAGCUGAUCGGCUCCGACGUGGAGAAGCUCAUAGACAGCUUCGGGAAAGCUAGCGUGGAGGGCCUGGUGCGCAAGAUCGUCAAAGUCUUGGAGUUUCUCGAGAGUUCCGUGGCCAAGAACCAGGUGAAGUGCAAAGAGGAAGAGCUUCUAAAAGCCUACGAGACGCUGCAGCUCCAGCAGCAGAAGCGGGCGGCGAAACCAUGCGAGGGGGCGAAGGACCUGGAGCAGGAGUGGCGGCGGACGUCAAAGGAGCUGCAGGCCCAGGUGUCGCGGCUGCAGGAGGAGAAACUGGAGCUUCUGGAGCAGCUCAAAUGCAGCCAGUCCAUGGGAGACCACACACAGCGACAAGAGCGUGAGGUGAUGCUGAAGCUGAAGGUUGUGGUGGACAAGCAGCGCGACGAGAUCCGGGCCAAAGUGCAGGAGACGGACCGGCUGGCUAGGGAGGUGGAGGCGUUGCAGGAGCAGCUGGAUCGCUUCAUGAGGAUGAACGCGGAGCUGCGGCACAAGCAAAGCGCUGCCCAGGCGCAGGUGCAGAGCGCCAUGCAGCGACGCGCUGACCUGGAGGCCGACCUGCACGAGAAGGAGAAGGAGAUCGAGCGGCUGGCGGCGCGGCUGGCCGCGGCGGAGCAGCCGAUAGGGUUAACAAAAACAGAGAUUGAUCUAACAGACAAGAUCAUCUUCGACCUCAAAGACCCAAACCGGCCCUGCUUCACCAAGCAGGAAGUGCGCGACAUGAUCUUUGAGAGGAACGAGCUGAAAGCCAACCUCUUCCUGGUGCAGGAGGAGUUGUCCUACUACCAGAGGGAGAUCCUGAACGACGAACGGUGUCCAGGCUUCCUGCUGCAUGCGGUGCGCUCCGCCAUGAAGAAGCAGAGGAACGUCAUCAAGGCCAAGAUGCUGGGCAUCACUGCGGAGGAAUGCAGCAGUGAUGAGGAGGACAAGGAGCCCCAGUUCAAGGGGAAGGAGGCGCGGACGGACACGGACUGUGUGGAUGGGCGGCCCCCGGAGUCCCGCAUCAGGAACCUAUUCGGUUUCCUCACACGCUCCAGUAUUGGGCGGAGUCCCAAUGAACAGAAUAAAUCUUCAUCCUGGGAGGUCAUUGGUUCGGAGGAGACGGAACUGGCCAGCGAGGACAGGGUGCUGGGGACGCCGCCCGACCCGCCGACCCAUUGAGCCUCCUUUCAGCCGCCUCCAUGCGGUGAGGAGAGAAGCUCACGGAGCGGCAGCAAAGGCCCCCCUCAGAGGUGUCACCCCCCUCUGAAGGCUCACGCCACUGCCUCUAAUAUCCCACUGGAAUUUUAUUUUUAAAACAGGAAUUCCCAUUUGGUUUUAUAACUUUUUAAUUAUUUUAAACAUGUGGCAUAAAAAUAUAUAUUGUAUUAUAUAUAAGCUGUGUGUGUUUGCUAAACGUGUGUUUAGUUUGAUACACAUGUGGCAAGCAUCUAUCAGGGUUCUGUAAGUUAACCAAAGACUUUUUCCUUACUUGGUAGUAUUUUUGUGUACCAAAGAGGGAAAGACGUACCAGAUGUAGUGUUUUGUCAGACGAUUGUUUGUUCCGCCUCUCCAUGAGAUACCAAACACGUAAUGAAUGUCCUGCAGUCCGUGUACAUUUGUUGUGAUUUGUCAGUGCUUAUUUCUUGUUAGUAGUCAGGAAAAAUGAAUGUUUUAUUACAGGGAUCUUCCUGUAUGGCAUCGCCUUUGCUUUCACUGUGUUUAAUUCUGUAAGUGUGUACAGGUAGUUCUCAACUUUACAAGGUAAUUCGUUCCAGAUUAUCACUCAGUAAUGGAGAACUUGUAAAGGGGGAGGCAUUUUUCCCAUGAAAAUGUUAGUAAAAUGAUGACUUUGGGGCUUUGGGAUGACUUUUACAUCAUAAUGUUUUGCCAAAUAAAGGAAACAAAAACUUUUAGAAUUAACAUCCUAAUCAAAAGUUUAGGCAAAAUGCAACAUUCACAGUCAGUUUUGUUCGGCUUGAUUUCCAGCAGAUGGGGCGGUUUCUUUCGUAGUGUCCCACUCUGAGCUGGGGGGGGUCGCUCACAGCGAUCUGAAAGCAAGUAAAACGAACCUGCUGCUAGCGGGAUCAGGUUGGGUCGUGAAAGUGAUUCAAAUUGGGCACCAUCGUAAAAUAUGCCGUUUAGUUUGACGCUGCUUGUGCGCAGACGAGGUAAAUCGGGCACAGUUGGGUUUUUCACAAAGCAAAGGUGUCUGCUUUGUUGUGCCACGAGUGGCAUUUUUAGGCUUUUUGAGUUGGAGCAAAUUUAAAAUAUAUAUAUAUAUAUUUUUUUAAUGAUAUUCUUAUUUUUUCCACAGAAAACUCUUGUAGAGAUAUAAACUCAUAAAGUGAGAACUUCCUGUGUACCUUAAGCUGUCUUUCUGAAUGGUUUCGCUGUUUGCUUUUGGCUUUGGUCCCUUCACUGUUACUUUUAAAGGCAUUUGAGGUCCACAGUACAUUUGUUUGAAUUUCAAAAGCUGCCCUUUGACCAUGUGAAAUGUCGCCCUCUACAGUGAUGGAUGUUUUAUGUCACAUAUCACCUACUUUUUUGGAAUUUUCCUUGUAGGUGGGGUGGGGGGGGUUGGAUUCUGAUAGCACUUACUACCUACUUUUAGCAAGAGAUCAACUGCUGAUGAGCCUUGACCUCCAUAAAUACUGUUGGUACUUCAGACUAUUUUUAUAUAAUUGUGCAGUAUUUUGUGUAUAUUUUUAAUUUUUACUUUCAUGUUCUUUUAAAUUGGAAACCUUGUAUGUUGUAAGACCAAAAUAAACAAGGGGACUGGACUAUCA